AUGAAGCCCUUUAUAUAGGUGGUGAUGCAAUAGCGAUAGUAAACCUUCUUUGGGAGUAUAAAGUAUACACCAAAAUUAGAGAAUGGGACGAUGAAACAAAAUCUGCAUGUGUUGUAUUAUAUGUAGUGAAAAGUGAAAUAGCAUGGGUAAAACAGGCAUGCAAAAGUAUGAAGGCAUGGAUUGAGUUGCAGCAAAAGUUAUUUGAUAUGGUGAGUUGGAUAGAAUAUAAGGAUUAUGGAUUGAAAGGCGUGAAACAGGUUGAUGGUAAUGAAAUAAAUGAAAAGGAG